AUGUCACCUUACUACGACAUAGGUCACUACAGCGCAUUAUAUUCAUGGUGUUUGGAUAAAGGCAGGUCCCUUGCAGAGUCAGCAUCCUGUUCCUCGGCGACAUCUUCAGCCAAUACCGAGUGGAAAAGUCUUACUACUGUGGCAACGGUGUCAUUGGUGCUGAGCACUACAUCCUAUGUAGUAUGGAGAGCUCUUCGCAAACAGCAACCUGAUUCUGAGGUAAAGCUAGUCUCUGGUGGGAUCCCUUUCAUUGGUCAUGCUCUAGAACUCUCUCGCGAUUCUGCCGCGUUCAUUAAACGAUGCAAAGCCGAACGAGGUCCAGCAUUCCGCAUCAAUCUUUUUGGUCAAAAGGUUUAUGUUGUGACGGGGUCUUUGAUUCCUGAAGUAUACACGAAUGCCGAGUGGUAUAGUUUCCGUAAAGCGCAUGAAACGAUUCUUCCUGUUCAGCGUGUGCAAGAAAUGUCAUACGAACAUAUUUAUAAACCUAUAAUUGCUCCCUUAGACAAAAAUCCAGUUAUCUAUCCGAUUCAAGCAAACCUCAAACCUCAUAAUUUCCACUUGUUUUCCAAACGUAUCCAAGAUGCAUUACGCAUGGCCAUCUACAACCAUCUCAAUAUCACUAAGGGUGAAAAAAAGGUGGCGCGAGGAUACGAUCUUACGUCAAUGAUAGUAUCGCAAGUAGUUUGCCUUUGUUUCGCUGGUCGCAACGCAGGCAGCAAUCAGGACCUUGUCAAAGCUAUGGCUACUUUUACCACGUCUGUCGUAAAGGCAGGAAUCGUACUAUCAUUACUUCCGGAUCGUAUUGCAGAACCUAUCGUUAAGCGUUUCAUGUCUGUGGAGCACGAGAUCGAUUUGGUGGUGAACCUGUUGCUCCCUGAACUGGAAAAGGCUCAAGCUGGAGAAGAAGAAGAAUGCCGCUAUUUUAAGAACGAGCCGACGUUUACUUCGAUGGUCCUGGACUUACCCAAAGCUUCUGGUAAAAUGCAUACAGCAAAAGAAGCCGCUUACUAUUUCGGAGGAGCCGCAUUGACCAGCAUUCCCGCGACUAUCCAGUUCACGCUGUUCAUUAUUACUGAGCUAGCAUAUCGACCUGCACUGGUUCAAGAGAUCCGCGCCGAAAUCGAGAAAUUAGACGAACGAACGCCAGAGACAAUCAGUCGCAUCAAGCUUUUAGAUUCGAUCUUCCGCGAAGUACUUCGAUACAAAGCUGCCUCACUAGCAUCUCCCCACACGACCAUCGUUGAAGACGCACUGUUAUCAUCGGGUGAAAUUAUUCCGUGUGGUGGGCUGGUGUUUCUCGCGACUCACGAAUCGCAUACCAAUCAAAGCACAAUGCAGGAAACAACGACUCUUGGAAACCAAACACCGUCGGUGCCGCUGGACCAAUUCGACCCUUAUCGCUUUAUGCUUGCUGACGGAGAGACUGACAAUGACGGAAAGCUUUGUAGCACAACUAUCGGACCCGAGAACCUUUCCUUUGGAUUAGGCAAGCAUAAUUGCCCCGGUCGCAAGUUUGCCGCCUACAAGAUUAAGUACAUCGUUGCGGAAUUAUUCAUGCAGUUUAACAUCACUGGCGUAUCUGACGAACGGCCAAAGGACGUCGAAUUUCUCGGGACGUUUCGAUCACCUUCAAAUACUCCUUUGGUUUUCGAAAGAAGAGAAAAGCAAUAA